UUUAUCUGUAACUAAAAGUUCCCCUGAAACUUUUUUUUGCAAAAUAAAUGCCUGGAGAAUGCAGCUGUGACCAACUGAGCCUUAGCCAUUUGACUAACAUCUUUACUAUUCGUCAUAGUUCACACAAUGUUUACUUAUUUAUGACAUGGAUGGUGUUGCUUUGUCACCAGAGGCUUGACAGAUCAAUUCAUGACGUUUCUUAAGGGAAUUCCAGUUCAUGUGCAUCAAUAAUUGAAUGCAACUUGACCUUAAUCAAAAGGAAGGUGAAGAGAUCGUGUGUUUGUAAUAUUUUUAUUUAGAUUGUGUUUUGUUCACACAAGCUUCUAAAUAUAUACAUUUUAAACGUUAAAAUGCCAUUUAGUAACAGUAAAGUUUUUUAAUGUUUUAGUUGUGGAACCAAAAAUUAAACGAAACAAGUUUAAUUCUGUAUUAUCCUGCGGCUGUUGGUACGUCCGAUGUGAUGCUUUCGUGGAUGCAGAAACAUACGGAAAGCCAAAAAGAUGCAGACCACUCACCAGUGUAAAGUUGGAUAAGCAUGGGAGUAUCAAUUAUUUUCAUUUUCAUCGAUAAGCAUGAGUAUAAAUGCAAAUACUGUCGAUACGUCCAUCUAUAAUAUAAAUCUUAGGUUAAUAAAGAUUUAAAACAUUUGAAAUAAAUUUUGUUACAUUUGUUUGGAAUUCUUUUGGGUCAAUUCACCCAACUCGUCAUAUUUGUCUGACGCACAUUUGAUUCAGAUGAAGUUUAAAAUAGUUGUGGUUAACAGGAUAACAAUUUGGCGUUGCUGUCGUCUGACGUUUCCAUUGUAUUGUGCAAGGAUUAAACUGUUUAAUUGUAAUCUCAUCAUUUUACAUGAUCACUGUGAUUGGAAUUGCACUGAAAUAGAAAACUGAUUUUCACAUUUAACACGAACUUUAGUCAAGACUAAAGUUACAUAAAAAAAUAUUUCUGGAAGUCCUUGAAAGUCUCUAUUUUAUGAGAACCACACUUCCAUGAGGAUUAUACUGGCAAAAAAAGUUUCACAAAACUUUUAUGCUCAAAAGCAUUAAUACAAUAGAAAACUUUUCGCACAAAUGACAUUACUGUACAAAACAACCAUUAUGUUUAUAAAACUUUAUUGAUUAUUAAAUGACUGAAAGUUAGCCUAUUAUUGUGAAUGCAUAGCGCAUUGAACAUUUCAACUUCCCACGUGUUAAUACACCCACCGGGCAAAUAAAACAAUGUUUAAGAUAUAGACACUCACCGACCACAUAUUAAUUGAAAUACUUGCAUUUUUGUGCAAUGCCUUCUUUGGACAAUGUUUUUUUUUAGUUGCUAAAGUUCUGGCGUAUGUGUUUAAGAGUAGUGGAUUUACACUUUUCUUUCAAGAUCUUUACAUAAAUAUUGUUAAUUUGUUAAAAAAUUAAUGUUUUAUGAGCGCACUUUAUUUAUUUAUAACAGGUUCACUGUCAGCAGAAUAAUUACUAUAUGAGUGUUUAAUAACAACUAUUUAGAAUUUUACUUAACAGUUAGUUUAGCUGUUUUGCCAAGAUUAUUUGCUUUGCUGCCCUGUACACUUUUGAUGAAGCACCACCUCCUGUGUUCCUGAUCCGCCACUGCUGAACAACUGAGGCUGAAAAUUACCCCCGAUCAUAACAACAGGUCUUUUUACGUUACUUAUUUUCUUCGGACAAUAGGUGCCCUUUAGCGCUUUUCACAAGACACCGAUCCCAUGACGACGCAGAAGUGUGGAUAAGGAAAACAGGUCGUGAAAGCAUUUACCUAAAGGGUUAAAUACAGAAAAAUCGGCGUCGACAGCAUAAGACAGCAUACAACUGACAACGACUAACUUCGAACUAGCCGGCGUUUUCGCGUUUAUUAUGUUAUUUUGACAUCAUCCCUCGGAGCGCGCGUUUUUUUUUUCAGAUCGCUGACUUCUAGAAAGAACUUAUGUAUAAUGGUAUACAUUUUGUUGCGUGUAAAUCCAUUCAGUUCUGUUUACUUAAAAUGUCAGUGCACGUUGAAGAUUUCCCACCGCUGUUGUAUUAAGAAAGAUUACAUCGCUUCAAUGUAACUUUGCGAAUGCAGUUAAAAGUACAAUAACCUUUGCAUAACAAAAACAUUUUUUUCAUCUGCUGCCUGAGGCUCGACGCAUGCGCUCUAGCUGUUUGCUGUCACUAAAACAUUUUUCUUCACAUUGGAAACUGUCACGAGUGACGUCAAUCACGGAGCUCUGACCAAUUAGAACGCUCGGUGAUUGUUUGGCUCCACGGGCUGCAGCGCCUACCAUGAAUCUCUAUUCAGUAUAUCAAAGCGUCCUGCUGCUGCCUCUCAACCGAAUGGGAUUCCACGUAGGCACUGAGAUAGCAACUAAACUUUAGGGGAAGUUGAUUUUUUUCUUCUGUAUUUUUCAAAGCGAUUAAAAUAUAUUUGUCAUCAUCAUUAUUAUUAUUUUGCCUGCUGUCAGGUUAUUCUAAAAUUAGGAGUAAUGAGCGUGGAUGCUUUGGGAAGCCCUGUGAUGGACCCCGCGUUUUCCAAACGGAACACGACGCUGAGAUUAGUUGACUUGGCAGGGGCUCACCACCAUCACCAUCAUCACCACCAUACCCCUCAGAGCGUGACAGGCUUCCCGGGGUUCAGCAGCCAUCCACACUCAAUGGCUCACUCGCACCCUGGGGAGAUGACUGCGGAACCCCGCCUGGGGCCGAGUCCAUUCGGGCCAGAACACAUGGGGCACUCCGCGGCCCUCAAAAUCAGCCCAACCCAUCAUUAUCCCCACCACCAUCACCACCACAAUCAUCAUAUUGCAGGCCACACUGAAGUGGUCUCCAGUCAAACGGGAGCUUUUGGCCCGGUGCAGGCGGCGACGGUCCCGUACUCUAUGUCUCACACGGCCCAGGCGUUAUCCGCAGGUAGGGAUUUCCUCAUUCGGCGAGAUUUGACAGCUCAAGCCAUGCCCGUGCUGACCGACCAGACUUCUGGUUCAGCCUCUCACCACGGAAUGUUUGUCUCAACAACAGGUAGCUAUCCGGGACACUAUGGUCAUCACCCCGACCCCGGGAACCAUACUCUCUUUCCUGGACUUCAUCACGAGCAGCCGUCUAACGGAGCACCAGGUGGCCAAGCCUUGAACGGACAAAUAAGGUUAGGAAUACCUGCCGAAAUGUAUGUUAGGUCUGAUCAUUUGAGUCAAGUGGCGAGCUCCAGGGCGGACCCGUUUACUGGUUCUCCUCUGCACGGAUACGGCGGACUCAAUCUGAACAUGAACCUCAGCGCACACCACCACGGAGCUGGUGCCUUUUUCCGUUACAUGAGACAGCCGAUCAAGCAAGAGCUUAUCUGCAAGUGGUUGGAGCCAGAGCACUCUGCGAAAAAACUUUGCUCCAAAACUUACAGCACCAUGCACGAACUCGUAACACAUGUGACUGUCGAGCACGUUGGAGGACCAGAACAAGCGAACCACAUCUGUUUUUGGGAAGAAUGUCCACGAGAGGGAAAGCCGUUUAAAGCCAAGUACAAACUUGUGAAUCAUAUCAGAGUGCACACCGGAGAGAAACCCUUUCCCUGUCCGUUUCCUGGCUGUGGAAAAGUAUUUGCCCGCUCGGAAAACUUGAAAAUCCACAAGAGGACACACACAGGUGAAAAACCUUUUAAAUGUGAAUUUGACGGCUGCGACAGAAGGUUUGCCAACAGCAGUGAUCGAAAAAAGCAUUCACACGUACACACCAGCGAUAAGCCGUACAACUGCAAAGUCAGAGGUUGUGACAAAUCGUACACGCAUCCAAGCUCUUUGAGAAAACACAUGAAGGUGCACUGCAAGUCCCCACCUCCGAGUUCGGGUUACGAAUCAUCGACUCCAUCUCUUGUUUCUCCUUCAUCGGACUUGGGACGGGAGCCAGCUCCCUCCGAGCCACUCUCAUCAUCGUCCCAGCCGGCCAAUUUAAGCGAAUGGUACGUGUGUCACAGCUCCGGUGCCAGUGGCCCUCAAACCCCACCCAGUGGUUCAUCGACACCGGGCCAUACAGAGGGGCCAACGUAUGGCAACCCUGAACGAAGAGACGCUUUCUAAAAACAGAUAAUAUUCCUUUUUGACAUUUUUAUUUUUGGACUGAAUGGCCACAUACUGACGCCAAGUCAGUAAAAAUAGUAAGCUUGUUUAAAAUUGCUGCCUUACUGAAUGAUGCACUGGCCCAUGACAGCUGAUGUCACUGCCUAACCACCAAUCGAUUGAAAAAAGUCACGAGUCUCUACUUUUAAAUAGAGUACUGAUCGUACGCAUGUUGCUGUAUUAUUUUGUAAAUUUCGCUUUGAUUUAAAUAUCUUGUUAAUUUAUUUUUUAUUGGUAAAUAAUUUCUUUUUGUAUUAUUGAACCAAAGUGCUUAAUUAUUAAAUUGUAGAUAUGUAAAUGAUGACGUUUUAAUGUCUAUGUGUGAACAGUAAUUUUGUAAGGUUCGGUCCUUCAGCAUUUUUUUAAAUGUUUGCUACUAUACUUUGUACAAAAUUAAUAUUUGGGAUUAUUUGAAUUUCAUAAAGACGUAGACUUUUCCUCUCUUUUUGUGCUUUCUCCAGCCAAGCCAAUUUGAUGGAAACAGUGUUAUUGUAUUUGGUAUUAAGUUUCAUUUAUGAUUAGUCAUUAAUCAAUGUGGUUAUUUUGUGAUUUUGUAAAACUUGUCAGCAAAACAUUUUUAUAAAAAUACGAAUUAUCAGCAGCAGAGACCUUAAAAUGUGUACCGAAAUGCCUUGUAACUGUCAGUAUUUUGAAUAAACUGUGUAUGACGCAAAUAUAAUAGACCUCUUAUAUUACAUCUUGGUAACAUACAUUUACAUAAAAAAAGCUUAAAAACGAAAUGAAUUUAUAAAAAAAUACAAAUUACAAAAAACUUUAAAUAAAAAUAAAUAAAUAUUAAGAUUUU